AUGCUCUCAAGCACAGCGGUCGAUGAUGCAACAGACACGUAUAAACAAAGAGACACUCGACGCUCGAGGCUCCUAAACCUGCUGCGCCUCGACCAUUUAAACGAGCCCGAAGUAAAAAACGUAAAGGAACUACUGAACGAAUUCAGCGACUUGUUCCACCUACCCGACGAACAACUACAAUGUACCUCAGCGACCAAACAUCGAAUAACUACCACCGACAACACUCCAAUUAACACCAAACAGUAUAGAUAUCCGCCAAUACACAAGGAGGAAAUUGAUAAACAAAUUCAAGAUUUGCUAAAAAACAAGGUUAUCAAACCUUCGAACUCACCAUACAACUCCCCCUUGUGGAUUGUGCCCAAAAAGGCCGACACCCAAGGUAACAAGCGUUGGCGAAUGGUAAUAGACUAUAGAGCGCUAAACGAAAAAACCGUGGGAGACGCGUAUCCGCUCCCCAACAUAACCGAAAUACUCGACCAACUCGGCAGCGCGAAAUAUUUCAGUAUAUUCGACCUCGCUUCAGGCUUCCAUCAGAUCGCGAUGCAUGAGGACGAUGCGCCAAAAACAGCCUUUUCCACGCCCCAUGGGCACUAUCAAUUCAAUAGAAUGCCAUUCGGUCUGAAAAACGCGCCAGCUACCUUUCAACGCCUCAUGGAUCAAGUUCUGACCGGCCUGCAAGGAACCGAACUGUUCGUCUACCUCGACGACAUUGUUAUAUACGCGAGCUCACUCGAAGAGCACUCAGCCAAAUUCGCGAAGCUAGCACAACGCUUACGCGUCGCGAAUCUUCAUCUACAACCGGACAAAUGCGAGUUCCUGCGAAAGGAGAAACGCGAAAAACAUAAAACAAUUCUUAGACCUAGCCGGUCCAGGAACCCCGCCGAAAUACGCCUAUUCCCCCUCGCCCCUGAACUUGACGUCUCCAGUUCCGAUGAAUCUAUCUUUUCCCCGCGACCCGACCCACAACGACAAGAAGAGAAUUCGCAAGACCAACCACUAGACGCACACGACCCCGACGAUCACCACGACGAUCACCCCGACGACUCAGAAACCGACACCGAUGACAGCAGUACAACAGACAGCACGCCCAGCCCAGAAACCGAGAUAUUCGAUCAAGUAAAUGAACCAUACGUACUGCGUAACGAAAAUAUAACCGAGAUCAAAGACAAUUUCCUAUUGCGAAAAGACCACAAGGCCGUAUUCGUCACCCAAAAGGGCGACCCCUGCGAUAAAGGAGCUAGACUGCUCCAGGAACAUGACUUGCUACCUGCGUUACACAGCCAAACGCUGGGAAGAGCGAGUGUAACGACGGAGAAGGAACCAAAAAUCAUAUCCCUGGUGAUCAAAGAGCGUAAAAUCACGCAACUAGACAUAGAGAUCCUUCGCGAGGCCAUACAAUCCCUACGAGAUGUCCGUCAAGAGCUUCAACUCAACUCCGUGUCACUAUACAAGGGCGACUUAGAAAACGUACCUUCCGACACCAUCCGCAACCUGCUGCAACAAACAUUUGAGGGCGACCCGACCAAAAUCCUCCUAUGCAACAACCAAAUUCAGGUACCACCCCCGGGAGAUAGGAGAAGGAUUCUAGAGGAAUGCCAUUCCAGCAUGAUCGGAGGACACAAAGGAGUGACAAAGACGUACUUGCGCAUCAAGGAAAAAUAUCAAUGGCCCAAUUUGAAGGAAGAAAUACAGGAAUUCAUCCGCAACUGCAGAAGUUGCCAAUUAAAGAAACUAGUAAGAGUAAAAACAAAGCAGCCCAUGGUCAUCACGGACACCCCAAGGGAAGCGUUCGAGAAAAUCUCAAUGGAUAUCAUGGGCCCACUCCCCACCACUUCCUCCGGCAAUUCCUACAUCCUCACAAUACAAGACCUACUAACCAAAUACUCCACCGCCAUCGCGCUGAGACAAGCCUCCGCGUUAGACGUAGCAGACGCGUUCAUAAACAAUUUCAUCUGCCUAUACGGCGCACCAAAAGCAAUCAACCAGUGCAAGACUACCGCGUACCACCCACAAUCAAACGGGUCCAUAGAACGCAGCCACCACGUCUUGUGGGAGUAUCUGAAGCAAUACACCAAUACGCAACACGAAUGGGACGAAUUCCUUAAUCUCGCAAUGUUCUCGUAUAACUCAAGCGUGCACGAAGGGACCUUCUAUAGGCCACACGAGCUAGUCUUCGGGAAAAGCGUGCGAACACCGUCUAGCGACCCACCUAUCGAGGAUAACUUAAGCGAAACAUACAAGGAUUACUUAACUACGCUGUUCAAUCGCCUAAAAACCACACAGGAACUCGCUCGCGAGAAUCUCUGCGGAGCCAAGGCCCGUAGCAAACGCUACCAUGAUCGAAACUUAAACCCUCAGAAUUUCAGAGUAGGAAGCUGCGUGUACUUACUGAAAGAACCCAGCAAGGGUAAGCUAGGAGACCAAUACUCGGGCCCAUACCGAGUACUAGAAGUAUUACGAAAUAAUAACAUACGCAUUAGUAUAAGCGAAAACCAGACGAAAAUCGUCCAUAGUAAUAAGUUGCGUCUAGAUAAGGCCAAAGGCCCCCCUCUCCGACCACAGGCCAGCAACCCCCACUGCUAA